UCCCAACUUUUUUUUUUUUUUCCUUUUCUAUUUGAUUUUCGUUCUCUUAUUAUCUUCUCUUUUUCUGAUCUUGAAUUUCCGGGAAACUUGUUUCUUUUCCCUAAAAACUCCUCUUCUUAAGAGUCUUUUAAUUCUACCGAAAAUUAGUAGCCUUUUGAGGUAUAGAGUUUGAAGGCCUGAAAAUGGAUAAUUCGGUAAGCAGUUUGAAGGAAAGCAAAGCAGCCAAAAAGGCCAAAUCCAAGAAGAAGAACAACAACAAUAAGCCUAUCAAAGUAGUAUACAUAUCCAACCCCAUGAAAGUGAAGACCAGUGCGUCGAAAUUCAGGGCCUUAGUGCAAGAGCUCACCGGCCAAGAUGCUGAAUUGCCUGACCCAACCAAGUUUACCGACACCGACGAAGACAUCGGCGGCGGCAAUCAGACGGUCCCGGAUGCUGCAAAAAUAAGUAUCGAUGAUCAUGCGCAAGAGGUCCCUAGGGUAGAGGAGCAACCGGCUGGUCAUCAUCAUCAUGAACAACAGUACUCUCAUGAUCAGGAUGUCCCCUCUGAGACCUUUGACGAGGUUUUUACACCCCAGAUGCUAGAGAAUUUUAUAGGUAUCUUGCCUCCAGGCCUUUCGUCAUAAAUAAAAUCUUUGAAAUGCGGCUGAGGAGCCUUUUGAUUAAAAUGUAAAUUGAGUUAGCUCUCUUAGGCCUUGACUGCUGUUCUUUUGGGUGUUUUAAACGUACGUUAAUGUCUUGUUUACUUAAUGUAAUCUCUUUAACUAUUUUAUAUAUGAUGUUUUUUCUUC